UACCGGGGAGAACUCUGAUUGUAUCCAAAACUGGUGAGAAGCCACCUAGAGGUCCCAGAGUUCGUGAGCAGAGGCUUCUGCCUCACGGCAGUGAGGAAGGCUGACUGAGGUGGGCCAGAGGUCUUCAUUUUCAAGAAAGAAAUAUGGCUGUGGCAGGGCCAAGCCAAGCCUAGCACCUUGCAGCUUCUCAUGGAGACUGCAAGAGAAGGCGGCAACGCCGGCAGCAGAAUGAUGCCCCGGCCCCUCCAGGAGCUGGAGCAGCGGGUGGCCCGCAGACGCCUGUCCCAGGCCCGCCACCGAGCCACCCUGUCAGGGCUCUUCGGCAACCUCAGGAAGGCUGUUUACUCCCACUCUGAUCUCACAGCCUCAAAGUGGCAAGUUUUGAAUAAGGCGAAGAAUCAUAUUCAGGAACUGGAACAAACUUUGGAUAAUCUGCUGAAGCUGAAAGGAUCUUUCAACCUGGAGGAUGGGAAUGCAAACAGCUUAGAGGAGGCCAAGAAAAAAUAUGCCAGCAUGUACUCCAGAAACCCCAGUCUGGUGUCAAAUAAAGUUCAUUGGAAAGGCUCAGACACUUGGUGCUCCAUCGAGGCAGCCGGGAAGGAUGUUGAGGGGGAAGAAGAAGAGGAGGAGGAGGUGGAAGACCAAGAAGAGGAGGAAGAGGAUGAGGCGGUGGAGCAGGAACAGGAGAAAAAAGUGGAGCUCUCACACCCCUCCGUCACUCUGCUGCCAGACCUGUUGGAAUUUGAACGAUACCUCAACUUUUACAAGCGGACGAUGGACUUUCUGCUCAGGAACAAGAUCAUCUCCUCCAAGGAGGUGACACUCCCCAUCGUGUCCGCGGCCAUCUCCCAUCUGUGGCAGACCUUCUCGGAGGAGAGAAAGACCAUCAUCUUGCAGGCCUGGGAGCGGACACAGAAGGGCCUCGUGGGGUCCUGUCCAGAGCCGGCCUGCCCCGAGGGCAGUGUGAAGGACAGCGGGGUUGACAGCCAGGGGGCCAGCUGCUCGCUGGUCUCCACCCCUGAGGAGAUCCUUUUUGAAGAUGCCUUCCAUGUGGCAAGUCUCCUGGGCAAAAGUGAGGCUCCAGGCUCAUCUAGCCCCAGUACCUUGCUGGCUGUCUGCAACUCAAAAAAUCCCGAGGACAAGUUUCAGCUCUACGUGCAGAUCGUCGAUUUUUUCAAAGACUUUUUCUGUGUUGACACUCAGGUCAAACAGGAACCGGACCUUCCUGUCGACGAUGAAACGAUAAUGUUGAGGUGCACGGAGACGUUUGACGAUGAAGAUCUGUGAUGUGGGAGGGCUGGAAGGAGGAGGUGAUGGAGGAGGCUGGUGGUCUCCGGCUUUGAGUUCUGGCAGCCCAAGUUGCCCCUGCCUUGGCGUUUUGGAGUGGGCUGCCCCGAAAGCAUAUUGAUGGUUGUAGUUUCUGGUUGUUAUAAAGUAUUUAAGAAUA